AACCGGCUUUCAUACCGAGUGGUCGUGAUUUCAAGCAAGUGCGGAAUACGUUAAUUUUUUUCUUUUCCUAAGAACUAUAUUAAAAGUUUUCAAAUUAUAAAGACAAUUUUCAAUACAUUUCUUUAUUGGUGAGAAGUGAAAAUGAGUGAAAAUGAUCCCGGGGGGCCUAGUGCCCCUCCGGUGGACAAUGUGAGGGUUCAGAGACCCAUAACCUACAAAUACAUUCCGAACAUUAAAUACAAUGGAUUCAAAGUGAUGGUGACCAGCGAGAAGCGUCCCCUAGAUUCAAUUGACAUAGGGGAUCGCGUGAAGAAGCUUUUCCGAAAGGACGAAAUCCGCCAAAUCAGGCAAACGGGACGUAAAUCUCUCAUAAUCUACUGUGAAAACCACAACGUGGCCAAUGCCAUUCAGGAAGUGCCAACCCUGCAAAGUGAAGGUACCAAAGUCUUCAUUCCCCUCUACUUCACCACUACAUGUGGAGUAAUAUGGGGCAUCAACAAGAAAUACAGUGAAGAAUACCUACUGGAGAAUCUCGAAGCGGGACAACUGAAGAUCACAAAAGUGGUGAGAGUGAAACGCCAUGAGAUGAUUGACGGUCAAAAGACCGCUAUCGAUACAGAGCGAGUGAAAGUGUAUUUUGAGGGAGGAUGCAUACCAGAGUAUGUGUUCAUUAACUACGUGCGUGUGCCAUGUCAACCAUUUGUAAUGCGAGCAACCGCGUGCAAAAUCUGCUGGUCUUACUACCACGGGGCAUGGAAUUGCCCAGAACAAUCCGCAAAAUGCAAGAGGUGUGGAGAAGAAAUUUCUACCACCCACUCAUUCACAACAUGCCAAGAAUCACCCAAAUGCAUCGCAUGCAAAGGAAAUCACAGUGCUGACUUUGUGAAUUGUCCUGAAAAAAUUCGCCAAGAGAACAUCAAUAACCUUGUUGCCUACAAGAACAUGAGCAAAGCGGAAGCAGCCCUGCAUUACCCGCACCCGAAACAACGCACAAACACACACUCACAGAUAGUCAUCUCAAACAGAUACACCGCUCUUGAUGAUGAGAGCGAUGAUGAUUUCCCCACCCUCGAGGAAGCUAGUCGCACCAAAAAGACCAAAAAGCAACGACGAGCACAAAUACCAAUCCACGAAGCACCAAUCACAUCAACACCAACUGCAUACAAUAACAACAUUAGCGACGAAGAAGAAGAGCACAACCAGAAACGUGACACACGGAAAAAUCGACAUGAAGGGAAAACAUCAACCCGACAGCAACCAUCAACAAGCAAGCAACAUAACAUGCAAAAUUCAAGACAACAUGAACCAUCAACAUCACAGUCCACACAACACCAAAACUCCACAAAGCGAGACAGACAUGCUCUCUCUUCCAGCAAUGAAGAAGCACCCAAACGACAACGGCAAUCCCAGGAGAUGUGAACGCAAAAAAUCCUCUAUGGGGUGGAUCCCAAUUAGACCCUCGAGGAAAAAUAAUUGAAGAAUCAAUUGAUAAAUAUGAUCUCACUAUCCUAAAUAAUCAACAACCAACACAUUUGACUAUAGCAACUGGAGUUUUUAGUGCAAUCGACCUAUCUGUCAUUAGUAGCGAAGUAGCAGCCAAUCUAGAAUGGAAUACCCUAGAUGAUUUCCAUGGGAGUGACCAUGUUCCUAUCCAGAUAAAAUUCUUGGAUUCACUUUUUCUUGAGUCGAGAAGGGCGAAAUGGAAAAUAAAAGAAGCAAACUGGAAUGUUUUUAAAGAAGACUUGAUAGGGAUUGAAAUGACUGGUAACAAUACAUCUGAAAUCGUAAGUAAUUUUUCUAACCAAAUAAUAAAUGUAGCUAUGAAAACUAUCCCUCAAACUAAAACAACACCAUACCGACCUCCUAAUCCUUGGUUUAAUAAAGAACUUAAGGCGACAAAGAAGAAUAGAAAUAGAGCUCUUAAAAAAUAUAAAAAGAGUUUAAGAGAGGGAGCCCCUGAUGAAUCCUAUUUAAUUGAAUAUAAAAAAUUUAAAGCAAAAAUGCAAAGAGAUUGUCGUAAAGAAAUGAAAGCUUGCUGGGAAAAAUAUGUGUCCACAAUAAACCCCAAUACACCUGUAACAAAAGUUUGGAAUACCAUUCAAAAAAUUUCUGGAAAAUUUAAAUCUUCACAAAUAUAUUUACUUAAAAAAGAUAAUAAUGAUAUAACAAAUCCUCAAGAAAUAUGCAAUGAACUAGCAAGGGCAUUUGGAGAAAAUUCAAGUAACGAAAACUACCCAUUAAAUUUCCUUUUUCACAAAGAAGAGCAUGAAGCAGAACCUCCCAUAAUUGAUCUAAACUAUGAUGCUUCCUAUAAUAUUCCUUUUUCUCCUGAAGAAUUAGAUAGAGUCCUUCAAGAAGUUAAAGGAAGUAGUCCUGGCCCUGACCUAAUUCAUUAUGAAAUGAUAAAAAAUUUAAAUCCUAGUUCCCUUAAUGAACUACUAAAAAUUUAUAAUUACAUGUGGACACAUAACGAAUUUCCAUCUUCAUGGAGAGAAGCCUUUGUAGUACCAGUGUUGAAACCCAAUAAAGACAAAACAGACUCAAAUAGCUACAGACCGAUCUCCCUCACUUCAUGCCUAUGUAAAAUUAUUGAACGAAUGGUAAAUCAUAGACUAGUAUGGCAUCUUGAAACUAACAACUUACUAUCACCAUACCAAUCAGGUUUUCGUAAAUGCCACUCAACCCUUGAUCAUUUAGUUAGAUUAGAAAGUGAAAUUCAAGAAGCCUUUGCUAGAAACGAGCAUUUAGUGGCAGUUUUUUUCGAUCUCAAAAAAGCAUACGAUAUGACAUGGCCAAGAGGUGUAGUAGACAUUAUUAUGAGCCUAGGAAUUAAUGGGAAUAUGGCCUCCUUUAUAAAUAAUUUCUUAACAAAUAGAAAAAUCAGUGUAAUAAUGGGAAACAAUGUCUCAGAGAAAGUCGAUCUAGAUAAUUCUGUCCCACAAGGGUCAGUACUAUCUGUCACCCUCUUUUUAAUUUAUAUAAACAAGAUUUUUGAAUACAUUCCCUCCCCUAUUACUGGACUUUUAUAUGCUGACGAUCUUGUCAUCUUUUAUAGAGCGAAUGAUAUAGGAGUUAUAGAGGAAAAAUUGCAAUUAGCUAUUAGGUCACUGGAACGAUGGUCAAAAAGCUCAGGACUCGAAUUUUCUCAUGAAAAAACUAAAGUCGUACAUUUUUGCAAAUCAAGAAAAUCCCACAGUGAUCCUGUCCUCACCCUAUAUAAUAACAUUCUCCCAGUAGUAGAUGAACACAAGUUUCUUGGAUUAAUCUUUGACAAAAAACUAGAAUGGAAAACCCACAUUAGUCAAUUAAAAGCAAAAUGUAAUAAGUCCCUAAACAUAAUCAAAAGCGUAUCCCACAAAGAAUGGGGGGGUAAUCGAAAAAAUCUUUUAAAAAUAUUUAACGCAUUAGUCCUAAGCAAACUAGAUUACGGUUCUAUAGUGUACGCUUCUGCCAAUAACAAAACCCUUGGAAUGCUUAAUUCAACUUAUCACGCAGGUAUUAGACUCAGUACAGGAGCUUUCCGCACUAGUCCCGUAAAUAGUAUACUUGUAGAAGCAGGAAAAUGUCCUCUUAGUUAUCGUAGAAAUAUUCUCAACAUUAAAUACGGGUUUAAAAUCCUAGAAUUAAAUAAUCAUGCUAAUAACACAAUAUACAAUUCUAUUGACACCAGAAAA